AUGAAUGAAAUAGAACAAUAAGAAGCAUCACAUUAUUCAACUAUAAAUGAAUUAAAAUCAGAAAUAUAAGUUGUGUCUCAGAAGGAAGAUCAUUCUAUAAUAAAGUCAGACAAUAUAAUAAAUUUUGAUGAUACCUUAACUCAAAUAGGGUUUGGAAGAUUUUAAAUAAUGCAAUACCUAGUAUCAAUAAUUUUGGGAAUUAUGGAAGGAGCAUAAAUUACAAUUUUUACUCUAAUGAUACCAAUACUAAAAAAAGAAUGGGAUAUAUCAGAAUCUAUAGUGAGUUUAUAAACAAGUUUUAUUUUUAUGGGAUUUCUAGUUGGAUCUAUGCUAUCAGGUUAAUUUACUGAUAGGUAUGGAAGGAAAUUACCUUUCAUUUUUAGUUCAUUGUUUACAGUUUUGAUUUGCUUUGCAACUAUUCUUUGUACAAAUGUUUAUCAGCUACUGAUUAUGAGAGGAUUUAUGGGUGUUUUUGUAGGUUUCUUUGCACCUUGUUGUGUAACUUUAUUAUAAGAAAUUACUCCAAAUAACUUAAGAGGUUAAAUGACAGGAACUGUUACUUUAAGUGUUGCAAUAGGUUAAUUGUACGGUUUUUUCAUGGCUUCAUUAAUUUUGGAUGGAAUAAAUGGAAGUUGGAGAUGGUUAACUUUUUUAGGUUCAUUGCCAGGAUUGAUUGCUUUGAUACUGUCUUUAAUGUAUAUUUAAGAAUCUCCUAGAUACUUACUAUUAGAAGGUAAGUAUUAUGAUGCUUUUUAAACUUUAAGAUUGAUGAUAAAGACUAAUAAAGCUACAGAGAUUAAUUUAUCUAUUGAAAUUGAACAUAAAUUAGUAAUAUGGUCAUUAUAUAUGAACAGUAUUGCUAAAAAAACAGAACAUGCUUCCUUUAAAAGUUUGCUCAAUGGAGACAGAUUAUAUAUUUCAAUAGUUUUAUGGAGUAUUUGGUUUUUACUAUGUUUUUCUUAUUAUGGUAAUUUAAUGACUAUGCCUUAAAUAUUAUAUUAACUUAAAGAUAAUUAAUCAUAGUUGUAGUAAUUAGUCUAUGCUUGUCUAAGUGAUAUACUAGGUGCUAUCUUGGCUACUUUAAUUAUUGAUAUCAAAGGAUUAGGUAGAAAGAACUCAUUAAUCAUUGGGUUCUUAAUAGCAGCAAUAUUUUCAUUUUUAUAACUUUAUUAUUACGAAAAGCAUUUUGCGAUUUUAGCAAUUUUAUAAAAAAUGUUUUUAUCAAUGAAUUACAUCUUCUGGUAUAAUAAUAUUAAUAUUAAAUUAGUUAUUAAUUAACUACUGAACUUUAUCCUACUAAAUUAAGAACUACAGGAUUAGGGACAGCAGUAGCUAUAGGUAGACUAGGUGUCAUAUUGAUGCCUUGGUCUUGUAUGAUUGUAUCCUAAUAUUCAAUCAUCGCUCCAUUUCUUCUAUUUUCCAUAGCUUCCUUUUUAGGAAGUAUUUUUACUUGUUUUAUUCCUUUUGACACACUUGGAAAGAGUUUAGAUAACAAUAAUUGA